UUUAGUUUUUUCUGAAGUGUUUCGUUUAUGCUCAGGUGGCAUAUCAUUUCAGCUAAAAUGCAGAACAAAACUCCUCGUGAAUGCCGAAGAAGGUGGCGAACGUACCUACACAUGUGUAUGAAUAAGAGCAGCUGGAGUGCAGAAGAAGAUCGGAUGUUACUCGAGGGACAUAAUGCAUAUGGUAAUCGCUGGACUGAAAUUGCAAAAAUGGUGCCGGGGAGGACAGACAACGCUGUCAAGAACCGCUUUAAUGCUCUUUGUAAGAAACGGUCGCAUCGGGUUAAGCCAGCAAGCCAUAUCACAGACUUAUUAGUUGAUCACGAGCACCAGGAUGACGCAGAUUAUAGUAAAGAACCCAAAAGACCAAAGAAGAUGCUAGAACACAAUGACAACAGAGAGGAUCUAUAUAAUUCUUUCUUCCCUGUAAGCAGAGCAUACGUAAAGCAAAGCUUUUCUAUCGGGAUUCCAGAGAAUGACUUUCUUCGUAAGUUGCCAAAACUUGAAAAGGGGAACUGGUCCUCCUCACCCUGCAGAAACACACCCGGGAGUCUGAGGGAAUAUGACAACGGCUCUCCAAGGGAUGGUCAGGUUGAUAUGGAGGAGGUGAUGGGCUGGCUCAUCACUCGAACCCCCACGCCGACGUGCAAUGGAAGCGUCCACUCGACCGUCACGUCCUCCACCACGACUUCUCCCUGCCGGGCAACCGAGAGCGACAACGUGAACCAGAGCGAGGCCGUCCAGCAUCCAGAUGAUAUCGGAGGACUUGCUUUCGAGUUCCCACACGGAGAUGCACACUUUGGCGAUGGACAGUUUAUCCCCAAGGACGUCGAAGAACUGGUUUUAGUGUUAGCAGCGGACGGUAGCUCGAGGCCGGCAUGGGGUCCAAUGGAACAACAGCACAUACCUUGCUUACUCAAGUAG